GCGACGCGGGCGGUGGGCCAGAGCUGAGGCGGCGGUGCUGUGUAGCGGGGCUGUGUCUGGGCAGCGGCGGGUCAGAGCACCUGGCCCAGCGUCGGCGGCUCCGGGGCGGGGGCGCCAGCGGCGAAGCCCCCUCCCCGGGGAGGCGGGGUCGGAACAAGGCCGGGGAAUCAUGCAUCAGAAGCUGCUGAAGAGCGCGCACUAUAUCGAGCUGGGCAGCUACCAGUACUGGCCGGUCCUGGUGCCCCGCGGCAUUCGCCUCUACACCUACGAACAGAUCCCGGUGUCCCUCAAAGAUAACCCGUACAUCACCGACGGCUACCGGGCCUACCUGCCUUCCAGGCUGUGUAUCAAAAGUCUGUUUAUUUUAUCCAAUGAGACGGUAAACAUCUGGAGUCAUCUGCUGGGUUUCUUCCUCUUCUUCACCCUGGGAAUAUAUGACAUGACGUCCGUGCUGCCGUCGGCAAGUGCGUCCCGAGAAGAUUUUGUAAUUUGCUCCAUUUGUCUUUUCUGCUUCCAGGUCUGUAUGCUUUGCUCAGUGGGCUAUCAUCUCUUUUCCUGUCAUCGGUCAGAGAAAACUUGUCGAAGAUGGAUGGCAUUGGAUUAUGCAGGCAUUUCUAUUGGAAUACUGGGCUGCUAUGUCUCGGGAGUAUUUUACGCCUUUUACUGUAACAAUUACUGGCGUCAAGUGUACUUGAUCACCGUGCUCGCAAUGAUCCUGGCAGUGUUCUUCGCACAGAUUCAUCCCAAUUACCUCACGCAGCAGUGGCAGAGGCUCCGCCCUAUCAUCUUUUGUUCCGUUUCGGGCUAUGGAGUGAUCCCAACUCUUCACUGGGUCUGGCUCAAUGGAGGAAUCAGUGCUCCUAUUGUCCAGGACUUUGCACCCCGCGUGAUUGUGAUGUAUGUGAUUGCUCUUCUUGCUUUUCUCUUCUACAUUUCCAAAGUCCCAGAGCGGUACUUUCCAGGACAGCUGAACUACCUCGGAUCAAGCCACCAGAUCUGGCAUAUCCUUGCGGUAGUGAUGUUAUACUGGUGGCACCAGUCAACAGUGUACGUCAUGCAGUACAGGCACAGCAAGCCUUGCCCUGACUAUGCUUCGCACCUGUAAAUUCAGCAUACUUGGAUCUGUACUAAGAGCUGUGGUUGACCCUUGCAACUGUGAUUUGCUGUUUGCACAGAUGGUGAAAAUUUAGAUGCACUGAGGCGUGGAACAACAUUGAGUGGUAGCAGUGGGUAUGAAACUACUCUAAAAACGGGGCUCAUUCUACGUAAGACCAACUCCAUUUUCCUAGGAAGGGCUCCUGUCUGUGUGCUUACUGUAAUAGGAGACAUUUUCACUAACUGACCAAAUUUGCCUCUUCAAGGUGAGGGUUGUAGCUUGUGCUACUCCAGGCUAAGUAGGGCUGCUCAGUAAUCCCAGCCUUCCCAUGCAGCAAGUGAGAAACUGGCCCCGAGGAUUCCCCACAGCCAUUUCUCCUCUCCUUAGGAACAUUAAUCUUAAUUCCUCCUUUGAGACACAGAGAAAGGUGUUGAGAAAAAACAUUUUUAAAAAGAAUAUUAGAUUGGCAACCAGGGGCACGAUUAAUCAACACAGUCUGAUGGCUAGAUCAUCAGCUACCUAAUUUUAUUCCAAAUAUUAUUUCAUUCCAUAUUAUAACUGGAUUCUUGACAGUGAAUUUUGAUUCCACUUUUCCCAAAGAACUUUCAUCUCUAACUCUAGUCCUAAGAUCCAUGCUGAUGAGCUCAAAACCGUGUGGGUGCUGCUUGGAAGGCCAUGAGAGCUGAGUGGCCCUGGCUUGACCUCGUGAAGUGAACCUUAAGCCUGAGAAGUCACGCCCACGUCUCACCUGAUAGUGAGAUUAUUCACCGCAGCCCAGCCCCAGGCCUGCUUACACUAGUGCUAACAUUGCAUUGACAACUUAUCGUACAGAUAAACACCAUGGACUAUUCAUAGCUGAAACGAGGUCUUGUUGAUAGUCAAUCCUACUGCGCUGUCAGAUAGUGUAACUUCUAUUCCUUGGACUUUCGAAGAGCAUAAAAAAAAAUCAUUUAUAGUAUUCAUAAAACUUCCAUUGUCCACUAAAACAUAAAGUAUUACCGAUUUCUUAGUAAGUUAACAAGCCGGCAUAUUUAACUUAAUAAGUUAAAUACUGACAUAUUUUCAGGAAAAUGGAAUUAAUAUAUAAAAUUUUUCUUGACAUUGAUGCUUAUUCCCUAAAUGCACUUUCUACAUCUGGUAUUAGGAAGACUGAUAUGCCUCGGUUUCUGCCUCUGCAGAGUGUUUCUUUCUAGUGUAGUGGUUUUGGAGUUCAAGUUUCCCAUGCUGGUAUGUCAGAAGUUUUCUCCUCUGGACUCAGUCAAGGCCACCAUUUUAUGACCGCUGCGUGCUGGAAUGCUCCUUUCAAAGUGGCUGUCAUACCUUAGAUCACAAAUUCAAUUCAUAUGCUCAACUGUAGAUGGUCUGGACAUGACGAAAGGAGGUUAUGUUUUUCAAAUAAUAACCUUGGUUGGCAUAUGUUGUUCUUGAAUACACAUUUUACCAUUCUGGCCAGAAUUAAUAUACUAAGUAGUUUUUAAGUAAAAAAAAAAAAUGAGGAAAGUCCAGCAAUUUUAAGCAUGGAGCCAUUUUUAUUAUUAACUCAAAAAAAAAUUCAAUUCUUUUAGUUUUUUUCUUUUUUCAGACAAGGUCCCACUCUGUAGCCCUGGUGGGCAUGGAACUUGCUAUGUAGACCAGGCUGGCCUUGUACUCAUAGAGAUCCACCUGCCUCUCCCUUCCAAGUACUGGGAUCUAAGGCAUGUGCCACCAUGUCCAGCCCUCUAAGUUUUACUUUCUUCAAAUGCCUGGUUUCUCUUUGUACAUGCAUUCUGUACUAAUUGCUAUAUGUGUACACAUAAAAAGAGCAUACUUUGUUUUCCAGCAGCUAUUCUUUGAGUAGGUCUGAUUGUAGGGACAGUUUUUCUGUGUUUUCUGAAAGUGUUCGAUAUUAUAAAUAAACUAUUGUCCUCAUCGUUUGUCUUUAUAAUGUAUUUAUUAUAAAAGAAGGAAUGACUGUGGAUUGCUGUCAACUAUAAACACUUAUGUAUGUCAGCAUUUAUUGACCAUCUACUGUGUGCACAGCACUACUGAUAAAAAUUUAAUUAUUGACAUUAAAGAAUAUUUGACAACUGCUUACAAAUUUGAGUUUUGUAAUAAUGUAUAUUUAUUUUUGUUUUUAUCAGUUUACUAAAAUAGGUUGAAAAUUGUAUUUCCAGCUACGGUAUUUAAAAAGGCCAGUCUUACUUUUACCUGUAUAUAAACUAUAAAAGCUAAGAAGACUUUAAAAGUACACUUUUUAACUAUCUCUUGCUGUUUUAAAUUAUAACAAUUUAUAGAGAUGCAGUCAUCUUUCUCUAUAAAGCCAUUUUCAAACACCAGGGCACCGCUCAUCUUUUUGGCUUAUACUAGGUGCAGUCGGUAGCUGCAUGGCAGUGUGCGUAUGUAAAUAAAUGGGGUUUACUGAAGUGUGCGUAUGUAAAUAAAUGGGGUUUACUAAAGUGUGUGUAUGUAAAUAAAUGGGGUUUACUUAAGUGUGUGUAUGUAAAUAAAUGGGGUUUACUAAAGUGUGCGUAUGUAAAUAAAUGGGGUUUACUGAAGUGUGCGUAUGUAAAUAAAUGGGGUUUACUAACCGUG